GUUUUUAAAAAAAUUAAUAAUAAACAAACACACAGACAGAGAGGAGGGAUAAGAAGUGAGAAAUAGAAGAGAGAGAGAGAGAGAGUGAGGGCCAUGGGCUUUCGCCGAACCGCAAAGACGACGCAACCACCUCCAUUUCCCAAGAGGCGCAAAAGGAGGAAGAUCUUUCUUAAUUUCACUCCAUUAAAAUCUUCAUUUCAUCAUUCUUUUAAUAAAUUGUUCUUCAACUUUACUAAUCAAUUUCAAAUCCAACUAUAUAUAUGUAAGCAUAAGAUCCGAAGAUUGAUUGAUAUACAUGCUUAUGGAAGAUCAUCACCGAACAUGAAUUCAAUCUUUGAUGAUGGCAUAUGCAUUGAUUCUUUGCACAACCAUGAAUCCUUUGUGUAUCAUUGCUUACUGACAUGGUGGUCAGAAGAUUUGUCCUGUCCGUUGUUUCUGGGGUUUUAGUAUGUACUUGGGUUUAUCGCCGCAUUCUUGGAAGGAUAGUGGUAGUUGAAACGAGGAUGAACUCUAUCUAUAGAUACCUAGUAUUAGCUUCUUAUUGGAUUGGGAAUUGCCUUUCAUUGAACUUUUAGCUGAAUUUAUAGGGUAUUUCAAUUUCUACAGUGAAUUUUUAGCUGAAGUUAGGGGGGAAUUUCAGUUUCUGCAUUAAUUUAGUGGCACGAUAGGAGUUCACAACUUGGGUUUCAUGCGUUUGUGAUGAGGAGUUUCAUUUGGCAAAACUAAGCAGAGAUUUGCCUAUGCACGGCAGCAGGAAAGGAGACCAUCAACGAGAACUUUUUAUGCCUUUUUAAACGAGAUAAUUAUUUGUUACUGCAAAACUUAGUGAUGGGCUUGCCACAAGUUUCAUCCAGUGAAUCUGCUGAGGAGGCUAAAGAGUCUUUGAGCACAUCUGUGCAUAGUCGACCUCGGUUUGUUAAUGUGAGCACUUGUGAUUUGGAUGGAAUGCAUGUUGGAAGCAUUAGCCGAACUGUUGGAGAUUCCUUAUGCUCUUCUUUGGGAGAUUUUCAGGAAACAACCUCCUUGGAGCAAUCAAAGUUGUCAGAUGAUUCCUUUAAGUGUAAAGGGGCCAUGGAUGUUGGAUCCAAUGUUCAAGAAUUGAAAAUUGGUUCUUUGGACGAACUGGGGUGGUUAACACCUAACACUGGUCAGAAUAUUCAGAGUCCUGCCUCUAGGAUCGUCGGGUUUGAGUGUGGUAGGAAGAAUUAUUUUUUUGAUGGAUUAAAUGAGGUUUCAAAUGAUCAUGUUCAUUCUUCUUCUGGGGUUGGUAUCACACUUAAUGAAACUGAGUCCAGUGGGUCACUGGUCAAGAAGCGAUUGUUGUCAUCGAGUAGUAUGCUUUCUGCAGAUCAAUUGGGUGUUGAUCCUCUAGAUAUUAGCUGCCGCAACUUUCAAGUAAACUCCCCUGGUAGUUGUGGGGUUUCUGUGGCUCAAGAUUAUAAGAAAGCAAAUAUUGGAAGUAGAAACCAUUUGACGAAUCAAAUCUGGUCCGUAUGUAAUUGUUCAGAAAGGAAGGAUAUGUUAUACGAUUAUGGUAGACCAGACUCCAUUUUUUUCACUGAUGGCCCUUUAGUAGAGGACAAGGAGGUGUUACCUUAUACUUGUUUAUCUUCACCUGGACUAGAUCCUUUCAAAAAUUUAAGAAAGGUAAGAACCCGGACUGGGGUGAUAUCCAUAUCCCCAGAAAAGGUGAUGUCGUCCCCUCUUGCUUUGUCUCCUCUUGGUCCAAAGUUUUCCGAAACAAUGAAAGCUGCAAGAGGAUGCAGGAAUGUCAGGAAAGAGAUUGAGGGUGAUUAUUUAACCUUUAAAAAGGUGGCACGCUCCCUUGACAAAAAUAUCUCUGGCAUUAUCUUUGCCCCUGAAGAAGAUAAUUUUUCAAGGGCAAGUAAACCAUUUGAAAAUAUUGAUCUUUUGCAAAAAGAGUCCCAUUCGUCUUCCCUGGAAAGUAAUAGUGGAAAAAGUUGGCCUUUGUCUCAUGAUUCCAUACCCCACUGCAUGAAGUUGGGUAGAAGUUUGAGAGGACUUCCUGUUAGGAGGUCAUUGGUUGGUUCGUUUGAGGAAUCCCUGCUGUCUGGCCGGUUGUCAUCUGGAAAAUUCAGUCAGAGAAUUGAUGGCUUUCUAGCUGUACUAAGCAUUACAGGAGGCAGCUUCUCUCCAAAAUCACAGAAACUUCCUUUUGCAGUAACCAGUGUUGAUGGAGAUAACUUCUUACUGUACUAUGCAUCCAUAGAUCUUAGAAGAACUCCAUUGAACAAUUACAGAUUCCAGAAUUUGAAAAGAGACCUUAGUAAUGAUGAUUCACAAGGUGCUAAGAGUUGUUUGCGCAUUCCAGUGAAGGGGCGCAUACAGCUGGUACUAAGCAACCCGGAAAAAACACCUCUUCAUUCCUUCUUUUGUAACUAUGAUUUGAGUGACAUGCCGGCUGGUACCAAGACAUUCUUGCGUCAGAAGGUUACCCUAGCCGGUUCUGGCCCAACUUCAAUGCGGGUGACAGGAGAGCACAGAAAUUUUGAUACGAACUACAACGAUAAGGUGACUCCCUUGGAAAGAAGUCAUCCUGACCAAAGUAUCAAAGAAAGUGAGGGCUCUAAUUCGAUAGGUUCAAUGGGUAUAGCAAAUUUUUCAGAAGAACACUAUCACAUUGGAAAUAUAGGUUUCCCUUCCCUUAUAGAUCAGAAUGAAUGUGACAACACUCUGUGCCACAGAACUGGUCACAAAGAUUUCAGUUGGCCAGAUUUAUGUCAUGAAGCCAAAGAUAAAUCAGAACAUGCUUGUUCGAAGGUCAAUGAGAAUGCUGCGAGUGGUGGCACUCUACGUUAUGCUCUUCAUGUCCGUUUUCUAUGCCCUUUCUCUAAGAGAAGUGUCAUAUCAGUUCAGAGGUGCAAAUCUGAUCCUCCAUCUGUGCGACAGAAAACAAAGUUAGUUGCCGAUAGGAAAAGGAGAUUUUAUUUAUACAAUGAUAUGAGGGUUGUGUUUCCUCAACGCCAUUCUGAUGCUGACGAGGGGAAGUUGAACGUGGAAUACCAUUUUCCAGCAGAUCCAAAAUACUUUGAUAUCAGCAACUGACCACGGUCACAUCCUCUCUCCUGAGUGUAUGGUUCAUUUUCUAUGUAUAUACCAAUAAUAACACAUUCCGUGGGACAUAUCGUCUUGUCUUGAAAUGGCGGCAACACAAUUUCACCUCUGAAGAAUUUUAGGAACUCACUAAUAAUUUGAUGAAUAAAAUGUUGUUUCUUUUGACCUCCUAAUGGAAAUAGUGGCAAAUGUAGGAGAAGUCCUGUUUCAGGGCAAUUUGUUGUCUUAAUUAAGGUGGAGUGGUUACAAUUUGAAUGCAUGCCCUAAAAUCCUUGUCUACUCUCUGUAUAGUUUGUGAUCA